AUGGGCAAAUCACAUUUCGGAGAUGAUGCUGGCCGAGUGUGCACCCCGAUUCCUGAAGAACGACUUCGGCGACUCGCUCCUCGUCGUGAUCUCCGACCCUCUCUGGCAGAGGCGCACGCGGCGGAGCGGGGGGCGGAGGUGGCCCUGGCUCUCAAGGAGGCCGCCGAGGCGAAUCGCACCUACUUGGCCGCGGAGGUCCGCCGGCGGCGGACUGAGCUGGCGGGCGAGGCGCGCGAGCUGCGGCGGAGGAGUCGCGUCGCCGAGCCCCCCCGCCUCUUCUGGCGGGCUGCCGGCUUGCGCUUGGGACCAAAUAGCGGGGCUGCUUGUCGGCGCGGGGCGUCGUCGACUCGGCCGAUCAGCUGA